AUGACUAUUCUACAGGAGAUAGAGCGUCUUGAUAUUGAGCAGAAGAAUGGCAAGCCAGCAAGGUUCGCAGCAAAAUUAAUAUGUAGACCACGAGACUACAAUGAUCGGGACGGAUCCGAGAACAAAAAAGUCAUCGAGAAAGCUAGAUACGAAGCUCAGCUCAUGAUGGAACUCCGACAUCCGCAUGUGCUCCUCAAAGGAUUGGCAUAUAUUCACUCGAAGAACGUUGUGCAUUGCGAUAUAAAGCCAGCAAACUUGCUAAUUAAAUCUCGAAUCCCAGGUCACCCUACAAGUACAAGGGGGGACAACGUUACAGAGAAGGAAAUAGUUGUGAUAUGCGAUUUUGGGAUUGCACGUAAACUUCCCGAAGACAAGUCACUAGAGUUCACUGAUGGACCGCGUCAGUACAUGGCUCCGGAAGUAUGGAAUGAAGAUAAACAUACAACCAAGGCAGAUAUAUGGUCGGCAGGGAGUGUUGUAUGCGAAUUCUUAACUGGAAACAACUUUUACGACAAGAUAGUGAAGCUUUACAAAAUUCAGUAUCACAUCUUGAAAGAAGUUGCAGGCGAAAUGACAAGUGAGCAAGUUGAGUACAUGAUAAAAAAUCUUCCGAGCCAUAUACCUGAGGUGGCGGAAGAUUUCCUUCGGAGAUGCCUCGAGGUUGAUCUAGAGAAAAGAUGCUCGGCGGAAGAGGCAUUGCAACAUAAGUGGUUCCAGGAAGGAGUUCAAACCACAGAGUCGAAGAAGGCAUCGGUCACGCCAGAGAAAGUGGAGAACCAAAAACAAGCAUAUGGAUCAGAUCCGUCAGCUAAGGAAGAAUCAAAAAGUAAAGGCCAUGAUAGAUCUGUAAAUCCCGAAUCCAGUAAAAAGAAACGGGAUGGACAUCAGCAUAUUGGAUGGAAAAGAGGUGGCGGUGGCGGUGGCGGUGGCGACUUCAAAAUAGUUGACAUCUAG